AGAUAGUGUGUAUUUUAUCCUCUCAAAUAGACUCUGUAAUUCACUACUACACUACCCUCAACCACCAGUCAAUUGUUAUUUUCAUAACACCAAAAAGCAAACACUAGUAUCAGUCUUCUGUCGGCCUCCAAUUCGUCAAAUUAAAGAUUACCAAUGACAAAAACUUGAGAUGUCACCUCUACUUCAUUCUCUCUAUCCAUAUCCUAGCUCUAGCCAAACUCAAAACUAUUUGUUUAGUCUCUUUGUCCUGUAUUAAACAGUCAAAUCUAAUUUAUAUAUUUAAUUAGUAAUUGUAAAUGUAAUUAAUUUCGUAUUCGAUAAUACCGAUUGGGAUACCGAAGUACCGAUUGGGAUACCGUAGGGAGUUCUCGUAUAACUCUUUUCUUCUCUUUUUCUUUUCAUGAGUGCAUAACAAGGCGCCAUUAUGUUUUUAUUAGGUGUCCACGUAGUUCAUGGGUUAGACAAUACUCAUGUAAAGCAUCUCGUCAUAAGCCCGUAGGCACACAUAUCAUACCAUAUACUCAUUGAUGCUAUACACAAUCAUCUCAAUUGCACAUCAAUACAUUCUUCACAUAGCUCAUUCAUCAAUGCAUGUUGAAAAUAGCAAACUCAUACAUAUCCACAUUAUCAAUUCUCAUCAUAUAAGCUUAUACUCAUUCAUUACCUGAAUACCAUGCACAUACUCAUUCAUAUAAGCUAUCUAUCACAAGUCCACUUAUACGGGCCGCUUUAUUACCCGAAUACCAUGCACAUACUAAAACAUAUAUUAGGUUAAGAAUUACUCACAACUCGAUUACUCUGAUACACCCUUGCCCUUCUCCGCAGCUCUUGCUUGACUGUUACCUUAAAGAAGCUAGUUACAUGGCAACGUUUAAUACAAUAACAAUUUACUCAUUAAUCGUAGCCAACCCAUUAACUAGUCAUAAUAUCAUUUAUAAAUAAACCAUGUCAUGUAAUUGACUUGUUUUCUAUUUUGUCUUUAUUUAGCACCCAACACCUACAUAUCACUAAACCCACGUUAUCAUCCUAUAUAUUUAAUUAAACUACCUCCACCUCAAACUGUUUCCACUUCCAGGUUAAACACCACCACCCCAACUAACCUUUCCAAUUGAGAAAUCAUCAUUAUCAUCAUCCACGCAUAACAAAAUAUAUUCUCAUACAUAAUAAUUUUGGGAACCACUUUAAAACAUGCAUAUCCAUGCAUGAUUAUACCGACCAUACCAUAAUCAUUUCAACCCAUUAUUAGCACUUAACUAUCCAGUUACUUUCUUUACCCCUCCUUGAAUGAGAUGACUAAUUCUCAUACUUAUACCCAUUUAGGGGGUGGCUAUACGGUCUGGUCCGGUUAAAUUGGCCCAAAUUGAUCUGGUCCAGUCUUUUUUGAAAAUAUAAGGAUCAAAGAUUGGAUACAGUCUGGUCUUGAUCCGGCCAGGUCUUGACCCGGUCCGCCCAAUUCGAUCUUGAUUUUAUAUUGAGCUGUUGGGGAUUUAAGUGGCCUAAGGCCUGAAAUGGUGAGGAGUUGGUUAAGUUUUGUACUAAGUGCAAAGGUUUGUGACUGUUUAUGCAAAUUACCCUUAAGUUUUGGGUGUUGAGCUCUCUUAUCCGGUCUUUAUUCAGUUUUUUAUCCGGUCCCGAAAGAUUUUUUACCUCAAAUCUAAGCCCAAAGAUUGGAUUGGAUUGUUUACUAUCCGGUCCCGAUCCGGUCUCGGUCCGAGUUAUACGGUUCGGUUUCGAGUAAAACAAAAAAACCCUGACCAAAUAACCAGCCCUACCCAUUAUGCAUCCCCAAACGGGAGAAAACCCUCCCCUGUAACUCUUAAACUUCAUCAUCCUUCUAUCACUGAAGGACUUGGCGGAACCCCAAAUUACCACUGCCAACCAACCACCUUCCUUCCCUUUCAUUUUGUUCCAUCAUUAAAGAAAGAGGGUCUUACCUUUUAGUACGUAGUUAAGUACCCGCCUACCAAACCCUGCGACUUCAAUCUAUCCUACUGAUGCAGAUGAAGCUCAAGAUGGAGAUAAGAAAAGGAAGGUUAUGAGAAACUUCUGUCGUUCUCUCUCUCUUGAACCUCAAGGAGGAUGGACGGAUAAGGAAUGCAUGUCACUCUUCUCCCUCAAAGCUAAUCUAUCCAGACACCCACCUCCUAGUUCAUUUUAUAGACUGUUGAAGGGCAGGCUACGUGUGACAUACUGACAUUGAAUCAAACCAAUGGAUGGAUUGGACCAUAAUGAACAAAUUAUAAUGCGUUAUGGUCAUUGGUUCAAUGAAUUUAAUUAAUUCAUAAUUUUUUUUUACCGAAACGACACAUUUGAACCGGACCAAACCGAGUUUAACCAAAUACAAUGAUGAUUUGUAUACCCCUACUUAUGAAUUAUGAUGCAUGCACGUCUCUUUUGUGUAUUACUCAUUCACUCCUCUGUUGAUGUACACAAAAGUAGGGAUGGCAAAUUACCCACCCAUGGGUAAUUAUACCCAAACCCAAGUAGACCCAUUGAUAAUGGGUUGGGUAUGGAUGAAGUGCAUAUGGAUUUGGGGGUUUAUAGAUGGGUUUGGGUUUGGGGCUUCCAUAAUCUAAAUGGGUAUGGGUUGGAUAUGGAUAUCCAUUUACUUGAGGGUGUUUUAACUACACAAGCAAAAAUUGGACCUAUUUGCAAAACUUGAAAAGUUUAGGUACCAAAAUGUAAGACCAAAAAAAUUUAGGUACCAAAAUGUAAUUUUCCAUCGAUAUUUUGAGGACUUAUAUGCAAAAAAAAAUUAAAUUUAGGUACUAAAUAUGCAUGUCUAUUAAGUUUGGGUACCAAACUGUAAUUUGUAUUUGGGCAUAGGUACAAACCCAAAUCCAUUUAAUAUAAACCCAACUCAACCCAAAGUAAAUGGGUAUGGGUACAAACCCAUCAAACUCUACCCAUAUCCAUCUAUUUGGAUUUCAUACCCAACCCAAUUGGGUUGGAUAGUAAGAAACCCAUGGGUAUGGACAAAGUUGCCAUCAAAGUGUUAAGUGUACAAAUAAAAUUGGUAAAAAAAAAGUCCACAUCAUAAAAGAAAAUGAAAAUGAUGCACAAACAAACACCUUUUUUUUUAUAUCAUUAUUUUAAUCCUCACUUUGGAUUCCGAAUCGUCGUAGGUGAGAUUUCAAUGUCUUCCACGUUCCACAUGUCUGUCUCUACACAAAAUUAACAACAAUUAUCAUCCAACUCUGCCGACAAAAAGAGUUUCUGCUUUCUGGAAAACUUGGAAAUGGAUUCACCGCCGCCGCCGCCGCCGCCUUCCGCCACAAAAUUGGUGGAGAUCUGCCGCGUCACUCCGCCGCCCGACUCCUCCUCCACCGGAAUCUCCCUACCCCUCACGUUCUUCGACACCCUCUGGCUCAAGUUCCACCCCGUGGAGCGCAUCUUCUUCUACAAGCUCUCCUCCACGUCAUCAUCACCAUCCGAAUUCCACGCCGCCGUCGUCCCCCGCCUCAAGCGCUCCCUCUCCGUCGCCCUCCGCCGCUUCCUCCCUCUCGCCGGCAACCUCACCUGGCCGGCCGACGCCGACGUCCCCCUCAUCCUCUACUCCCCGGGCGACGGCGUCUCCCUCACGAUCGCCGAGUCCGCCGCCGACGAGUUUGACCCGCUCGCCGGGGACGGGCCCCGCGGCGCGAUUCUGUCGCGAGCCUACUUGCCAAAACUCUCCGUUUCGAAGUCGAACGGCGCCGUUUUGGCGCUGCAGAUAACGCUGUUCCCGAACAAGGGAUUCUGCAUCGGGGUGGCGGCUCAUCACGCCGUCUUGGACGGGAAGAGCACCGUGAUGUUCCUCAAAGCCUGGGCGCAUAUCAGCAGCAAGCUGGGAUCGUGCGAUGACGGUGACGGAACUUUGACGGAGGGAUUGACGCCGUUUCUUGAUCGGACGGUUGUAAAGGAUCCGGAAGGGAUAGCGUUGGAGGAUGUGCAGGCGUGGAUGUGUCUCUGCGGAGGUCAGAAAAGCUUGGAGCUUUGGCCGGAGCCUGUGCCUACUGAUUCCGAAUCCAAUCAGUUACGCGCAACAUUCAAGCUAUCAAAACAAGACAUACUGAGACUCAAGCAAAGCGUACUGCUUCAGUUGGAAAGCAACGAUAACAAGCUGGAGAUCCAUCCUCGUAAUAUAUCGACGUUCGUCGUCACAUCCACAUACGCUCUUGUCUGCAUGGUAAAAGCUAAAGGAUUAGUGCUUGAGGAAGAUAAGAAAAAGGCAUUGCUUAUUUUCUCAGCGGAUUGCAGAUCCAGAUUAGAACCGCCACUGCCUUCGAACUACUUGGGCAACUGCGUCAUGCCCUUCAACGCCGAUCUAACUAUUGGAAAUCUGAUCGAUCACGAGGCUGGGAUCACGUACGCUGCUCACAAGCUUGUUGAGGUGAUAAGAGAGUUAGAGAAAGGUGUGAUUGUGGGGGCGAAGGGGAGGCUAGCGAGGUUCUUCGGUGAGAUGGAGGAAAGGAAAGACGAAGUACUUAUCGGAGUUGGCGUGGCCGGGUCGCCCCGGCUUGGGGUUUACGGUGUGGAUUUCGGGUACGGGCGGCCCGAGAAAGUGGAGAUCACGUCUAUAGAUGGAUCGUCGGCUAUAUCCAUGGCGGAGAGUGGUGAUGGAAGCGGCGGCGUUGAGGUCGGCGUUGUUAUGCGGAGGCACGAAAUGGAGAAGUUCACUUCUUUUUUCACUGAUGGGCUUAAACAUAUUUGAGCUGAAAACAAAAAAAAAAAAAAAACAAAAAAACAAAAAAUUGUCGUUUAAUAUUGUUGAUUUUAUCCUCCUAGUGAUCAAUAAACUUCAACCUAGCUGAGAGAUUUUCUUCUUUGAUCAUGAAAAAAAGAAAUGAAGGUUUUAUUUUUUACCCUCCAUGGUUGAUUUUUGUGUGAAAACAUUGGUUAUGCGGUACAGGUUUGUUUGUAAACCCUAAUCCCUUUCACCCUUUUUUCACUGAUUCGUGCCAACGUCAUUGUCGCAUUCGCUAAAAUCUCUUCCAUUUCAAGAGAUUUAGCAAAAUCGUUGUGGACCCCAGCAAUCUUACUACAAAAUUGUUGCGGAUCAUUGCGCGGUUUCCACAAAAUACAUAGCAAUAGACUAUCCAAACAAUAUACGUUCAAAAAUUGA